AUGGUCAAUGUUUUUGCCACAUUGAAGCGAUGGUUUUUGGGGAUAAUCAUCACCUUCGUCUUACUUAACCUUGUGGUAGAUAACAGAGCCACCAUCGAUGAGUGGAUCAACUCCCCGAAGGUUGUUGGUUUACAAACCAGGAUUUGUCAGACCUCCCCAAUAAUAAACCUACGACAUCAAUACCUGGUUUUCCAAAAUGACACCCUGACUUUGGGAGUAUAUGCUGCGGCUCAACACCAGUCUAGGAAAGUUUUGGGAUUCGUUGAAGAAGAAGUUCUCGAGCCCUCGAGAAGUUUUAGCAAUGACAUCGCAUGGCCUUAUAUAAGGGACAAAUUCAAUAGCACAACGUAUCCUUACAAUAAACAAGUGGCAGAUUCAUACCGGCUACAUUGUCAUGAGGUGGUGAUAAAGAUAAAAGCUUGGAUUUUAAGAUGGGGUCUCACUGUGGUGAAUCGGACGGUUAAUACAUGUCAGUAUAUUUAUCAGCGAGCCCAGCCGCAUAUUAGCAAAUUCAUCAUUCAUAAAGUACGACCAUACUCAGAAAAAGCGUCGCAAAUGCUAGACAAGCAUAUUUCACGGCUACUGACCCAAUUCCUCGAUUACUAUAAUGAUUGUAUUGUUCCCGGUACAAAAGAAUGGCUUGAGUUUUGUGGCAAACAGUCAUGGAAGGGAUAUGUCAGACUACGACUCUUCAUUUAUGUUGUCGUAUACCAAGAAUCUAAAUUAUGGGUCUACCAUUUCCAUCGAGUCAAAGUUCCUGCUUACUAUGGAAAUUUUAAAUCGUACCUUCGAAGAAAUAUUGUACCUUACUUGUGGUCGUGGUUCGAUGGUACUAUGAAGAAGAUUAGUUCAAUAAUGGUGAUUGAAAUUGGCAAUUAUCCUAGGAUCGCCUCGUGUAUCAAUACUUUCCAAGGUAUUGGUGAGAUAUAUUCUAAACACCUCCAUACAAAACUCUACAUUUUCUAUACCCGUGGUAUCAAGCCAAUGGGAAAUUAUGUUGCGAGAAUAUUGGGGAAUGGUGUCUAUUGGAUCAGUGACCACCAUACAGUCCAGCCGUGUAUUUUGAAGGUGUCUGAGUUUUAUGAUACUAAUAUUCAUCCAUGGUUACUUCAUAAGUGCCAUAUUUUUGAAAAACUUUUCACGGUGCCUUACUUUGCCACCAUCAAUGGUAUGCAAAGAUUUAUUAAUAGGUAUUAUGGAUUUCUUACUUCUGGACCCUCGAAUCAAGAAGUUCAAAGACUUUCAGACUUAUUAGUAAUGUUUGAUCCGGUGGAGGAAGAAACUCAAAUAUCUACGGAGAUAUUGGUUUCCAUCGAUGAAGAUUUGGUGUUGGAGAAGUUGAAAGAAACGGUGUUAUUGCAAGAUAAAAUGUAUCUUGAAGGGAAAGUGUCAUCUUGGCAAACCCUGAUCAACAAUACCUGUGAAAGCAUGUUUGAAGAGUUUUGGAAAGAGUAUCGUGAAUAUGAAAAAAAGUUUAUGGCCAAGUCGUUCACCCCGACUUUACAACAGGAGUUGGCAAACAUGAAGAAUGAGGUUUCCCAAUCCAUGUUUUCUUUGCAAGAAAUGGUGCGAAGUAUUGAUUCAGUGGACGUCUUUACUACCAACCAAGACUUGGUGGUGAAUGAAAAUUCAUUAAAGACUCCGAAAUCCCAACCCAACACCAAAUUGAAAUAUUUCAAGAAUAAAUACCGGAAAAACACCCAAGACUCGUAUGGGUUGAGCCAUAAGAAUUAUUUGAGGCUCGUGGAAGAAAUAUCUUAUAUUAAUGAUUGGAUGGUAAACAGUACAUCAGCAAACCCUGAUGGGAGCAUCAUUCUUGGCAAAAAAGUGAAACCAUCUUUUGGGAAUAUCAAUAGAGCAAGAUUUUGGAAAGCCACCGACAAUCCUGAUCCGGAGCAUUUUUUGGUGCAAUCUGAUUUAUUGAAAAGAAUCACGGUGAGAAACUUUGAUCGCAAGCAAAUCAUGAGAAUUGAAAAGCCGGCGCUUGAUGCCCAAAUCCAGAAAACUCGAGUGAUAAUUUCGCAACAAGCGGCGACAUUCCAAGAUUUAAUUCCUACAGGGGUUCAAGUGCUCGUGGAUAAGUUUAAUUCGUUGAAGUUCCGGACUUUAGACGUGUUUGAGAACUUCAGUGACGUGGUAUUGGAAAACUGGCAAGGUCAAUUUUUGAAAUUCUUGGAAUCACAAACUUACAACGAGAUAGAUUUGGAUUUUUUAUUUGCCAUGGCCAACAUGGAAGAUCUUGAAGAGGUCAAGGGGAUGAAUGAUACCGGGAAAUUUCAAUUGACGGAAAAAUUGCAACAGUUUAAGAAGCUGCAAAGCAAGUCACGAAGUCUUGAAUAUUGGAGAAACUUUAAGAUUUUCUAUAAUAUUAAGAAAACCUUGAUAGAGGCUAGGGAAUACUUAAAUCGCUUUGAGCCAGAUAUGACCGAAGUGGAAAAAAUUGCCAAGGAAUUCCAAUUAAUGGGGAAGGCAGUGGUUGAUGGCGCGACAUUGCGUUUGGAUGGACUUUGUGAAGAAGCAAUGAUGGAGUUCGUAUUACGGAAAGAAGCUUCGGCAAUGGAGAGAGUUAGGAGAUUUGAAAAUUUCAAUUAA